AUGAAAAAAAAUGAAAAAGUUGAACUACUGUUGUGUAAUUUUUAAACUGAUGUAGUACACUAGGAAAAGCUUAAUUAACAAAAUCAGACAACUCAUCUCUAAUCACAAGAUAAUUAUGUUCUAUAAACCAUUUUGAGAAUCGAAAAUAAUACUCAAGUCCCUACAAAUAACGAAUCUCACUGUAAGGUGACUGUUAAAUGUAUGACAUUGCUUUGAUAUCAUAAGAAUCUUAAUAAGAAAAUGAAGAAGCCUAUUUAGAAAAUAAUAAGAAGUUCUCAGAAUAAUCUUUAUUGAAAACUGAUUAUCUAUCAUCAAAUUGUCAUUAGUAAAAAAACUAAAAAUGGAUGCAUAAAACCUCUUCGUUGACUCAAAUCUGUCCUUCUUUGGACGAUAACUUAACUUGUAUUUCAUAAACGUCAUCAGUGUAUUUGAUUAUUAUAAUUUUCAGUAUUUCAGUGAAAGAACCAAAGAUACCAAUUGAAACAAACAAGAAAAUUAAGAAACCAAAGAGCCACCCUCUGAGAAAUCUUAAAUCAUAAAUCAGUAGAAAAUAGAUUGAAAGGAAAUGUCAAACCUAAAAAAGACCAGAAAAAUCAACUGGGUAGCUUUUAUCAUAUUUACAUGAGAAAGAUGUAAAAAAUUCAAUUCCAUCAAUUGAAAAGAUUAUACAAUAAGAAGCUCUUUUGAGUGAAUAAAGUAAAUAUUAGUUUCAUUCUUUAUUUUAGUUCUCACCUCCUCAAAUUUUUAAUACUACAUGCACAAUUUAAUUGGCUAUCUAAUGGGAUCUUUGAAAGACUCUUUUAUGGCUUAAAUGUACAUAAACCAUUUCUCCUAAUUAUACAGUAAUCUGUAAAAAUCAAAAUUAAUUGUGUGCCCAUAACAAUAUUCAUUUUCCAUCAAAAUUUAGCCAUAAAAAAGUAUAUAUAAUUUAAUUAAUUUAAGAAAUACAGAAGACUUUGAUAAUAGAUUUAGAUGAAACAUUAGUACAUUGUAAUGAAUAUAGUUGUUUAAAGAGUGA